AGCUUUAAUAAAUUUUUAGCGAAACUUUUUAUAUUUUAACUAAACCCACAAUGGAUGACGAGACUUCUCGAUACAAACGUAAAUCAAAGGAAAAUAAAUCUGUUCGUAAAGAAUCGAGAAAACGAAGUUCUGUUUCUUCAACAUCAAGAAGGAAAUCCCGCAGAAGCCCAAGCCCCUACAAAGAAAAGUCUCAAUCAAUGGUUAUUAAGAACAUCAAACAUAAAGUUUUCUCUUACCUCGGCCAUGAUGAUCGUUCUACAUCGAAACAAAGUAAAAAGAAACAGUGGACAAAUUCCUCAAGUGAAGAAUCAUCUGGAAGCACUGAUGAUUCGGAAAAAUCACCUGGCAACACUAGAAGAAGAAUCGAGAUCCGUAAGCGCUCCCCAUCACCACCUAGUGAGAGAAUCGGAUGUUGCCAUAGCGAUGAUUCAUCUGAAGAGGAAUGGGAUCGGUUGCCGCGGAGACAAAGGGAGGACGGAAAUAAAUCGAUGAUUGAAUCUUUGGCGAGGAAGGAGGAAAGAAAAGGUAGAUAGAAGUUUUGAUGAAUCACCUGUUCGGAUAAGAAGGAUAAUUGGCGACACACGAAGGUUUGACGAUUGUAAUCGUUCGUUAGAUGAAAAUAAAUUAUCCCGUCAUCAAAACACAAGAUCACGGGUUCAAGGGUCAUAUUUAAGUAGAAGCAGACCGGAUGGAACACAUUCAGCGGUUAAACCAAGAUAUUCAGUGCAUGAUUCUAAACGAAGAUCGUUUUCAAGUUCAUACGAAAUUUCCAACGAGUUAAAAUUUAAUUUGA